CUGUCCUUGGUAGCAGGCUCCCUGGGCUACACUUCACCACCAUGUCUGUUCGAUACACCUCCAGCAGCAAGCAGUACUCUUCCUCCCGCAGUGGAGGAGGAGGAGGAGGAGGAGGUGGUGGAUCAUCCAUCAGAGUUUCCAGCACCAAAGGCUCCCUUGGUGGAGGGUACAGCUCAGGGGGGUUCAGCGGCGGCUCCUUUAGCCGUGGGAGCUCUAGUGGCGGUUGCUUUGGGGGCUCAUCAGGUGGUUAUGGAGGGUUUGGAGGAGGCAGUUUUGGUGGCGGCUAUGGAGGAGGCAGCUUUGGUGGUGGCUAUGGAGGAGGCGGCUAUGGAGGAGGCAGCUUUGGAGGUGGCAGCUUCGGUGGUGGCAGCUUCGGUGGAGGUAGCUAUGGAGGAAGCUUUGGUGGUGGAUUCGGAGGAGAUGGUGGUGGACUUCUCUCUGGAAAUGAGAAGGUGACCAUGCAGAACCUGAACGACCGCCUGGCUUCCUACAUGGACAAAGUCCGGGCUCUGGAAGAGUCAAACUAUGAGCUGGAGGGUAAAAUCAAGGAGUGGUAUGAGAAGCAUGGCAACUCAAGCCAGCGAGAGCCCCGGGACUACAGCAAAUACUACAAAACCAUUGAGGACCUUAAAGGGCAGAUCCUCAACCUGACAACUGACAACGCCAACGUCCUGCUGCAGAUUGACAAUGCCAGACUGGCAGCUGAUGACUUCAGGCUGAAGUACGAGAAUGAGGUAGCCCUGCGCCAGAGCGUGGAGGCGGACAUCAAUGGCCUGCGCAGGGUGCUGGAUGAGCUGACCCUUAGCAAGGCUGACCUGGAGAUGCAGAUUGAAAGUUUGACUGAAGAGCUGGCUUACCUGAAGAAGAACCACGAAGAGGAAAUGAGGGACCUUCAAAAUGUGUCCACUGGUGAUGUGAAUGUGGAAAUGAACGCUGCCCCAGGGGUUGACCUGACUCAGCUGCUGAACAACAUGAGAAACCAAUACGAACAACUUGCAGAAAAGAAUCGCAAGGACGCAGAAGCCUGGUUCAAUGAGAAGAGCAAGGAACUCACCACAGAAAUCGACAGCAACAUUGAACAAAUGUCCAGCCAUAAGAGUGAAAUCACUGAAUUGAGACGUACUGUUCAGGGUCUGGAGAUCGAGCUACAGUCCCAGCUGGCCCUGAAACAAUCGCUGGAAGCCUCCUUGGCAGAAACAGAAGGUCGCUACUGCGUGCAGCUCUCCCAGAUUCAAAGCCAGAUCUCCGCCCUGGAGGAACAGCUCCAACAGAUUCGGGCUGAGACCGAGUGCCAGAACGCCGAGUACCAACAACUCCUAGACAUUAAGACCCGGCUGGAGAACGAGAUCCAGACCUACCGCAGCCUCCUAGAAGGAGAGGGAAGCUCCGGAGGCGGAUCCUACGGCGGCGGGCGCGGCGGCGGCGGCGGCGGCGGCGGCAGCCACGGCGGUAGCUACGGCGGCGGAAGCUCUGGUGGCGGAAGCUACGGCGGCGGAAGUUCCGGCGGCGGCGGCGGCAGCUACGGCGGCGGAAGCUCCGGCGGCGGUAGCCACGGAGGCAGUUCCGGUGGCGGUUACGGCGGCGGAAGUUCCAGCGGUGGUGGUCACGGCGGCAGUUCCGGUGGCGGCUACGGUGGCGGAAGUUCCGGCGGAGGCCAGAGCGGAAGCGGAGGGUUCAAGUCUUCCGGUUCCGGCGGCGGCGACCAAUCGUCUAAAGGCCCAAGAUACUAACAAAACCAGAGUGAUCAAGACGAUUAUUGAGGAGGUGACACCUGAGGGUAGAGUCCUUUCGUCUGUGAUUGAAUCAGAAACCAAGAAACACUUCUAUUAAGCUGCUUAGAAGAGUCUCUUCACACAGGCCACUGCACAGACGUGUGGAAAACAAAAUGUCCGAGAAAACACUUCUGUCUUGGUCUAUGGAAAUAGGUUCACUCCUUGAAAUUGAGGGUCUAAAAGGUGUUUUGUGGUUUCUGUAUUUCUUCUUUUCAUUUAUCAGAAAGUGUUCUUUUGUGGAGAGAAAGAAGAAAACUCUCUCAUCUACUAAUUAAUUUCUCAUUUACUAAUGAAUUUCAAUAAACUUUCUUACUGAUGCAAACUA